CUACGGCGAGUCGUUUAGUGAAACGAGCUCGCCAUCAUGGUUAACAACCGUGUGCCGUCGGUCUUCUCCAAGACCUAUGUGACCCCGCGCCGUCCCUUCGAGAAGGCGCGUCUCGACCAGGAGUUGAAGAUCAUCGGAGAGUAUGGUCUGAGGAACAAGCGUGAAGUGUGGCGCGUCAAGUACACGCUGGCCCGCAUCCGUAAGGCUGCUCGUGAGCUGCUCACCCUGGAAGAGAAGGACCCCAAGAGAUUGUUCGAAGGAAAUGCGCUCCUCCGUCGUCUGGUCAGGAUUGGAGUGUUGGACGAGAAGCAGAUGAAGCUCGAUUACGUGCUCGGUCUGAAGAUUGAGGACUUCUUGGAGCGUCGUCUCCAGACCCAGGUGUUCAAGGCUGGUCUCGCCAAGUCCAUCCACCACGCCCGCAUCCUCAUCAGACAAAGACACAUCCGCGUCCGCAAGCAAGUGGUGAACAUCCCGUCGUUCAUCGUGCGCCUGGACUCCGGCAAGCACAUCGACUUCUCGCUGAAGUCUCCGUUCGGCGGCGGCCGCGCGGGCCGCGUCAAGAGGAAGAACCUGCGCAAGGGACAGGGCGGCGGCGCUGCUGCGGACGACGACGAGGAUUAGACUAUAAAUAAAUGACCUGAACGUCUA